AUAUUAUUGACGACACAGCCGGGCCAUCAUGAAAGAGCACGAGUAUCGAGCAUCUUUGAUUGAUGACGAGAAACCUCUUGCCCUUCUCUCAGUGAAUAGAGCCUUGUUUCCCCAUAACAUAUCAAUUGUGAGCAUUGAUGAUUGUCCAGAUAUUAAGAGAAAACUGCCGCUCAAGAGAAGCCAAGCACGAAGUCCCACAAGCCCUUCUCCAACUCGUCCUAUCCUACAACGAGAACCCAGAUCUUGACGAGUACGAGGGCUAUGUAAUCACUAUUGAGCAUACAGUGGCUCAUGUAUGUCGAGCGGUUGUGUCUGGGAUGUACCUGAGGAAUCUCUUUGCGCAUCGGCGAUUUUCAGAAACAUUUGAGCUGCAUCGUUCGGAGCCGUUUGAUUUACGGAAGAAAGCAGGGAUAAGGGAGUUUGUUAGGAUUAUGGCUGGCUUGCAUUGGCAUUUUUUGAAGGUUAGUGGGAAGGAUAAAGUGGAGCUUAAGGACCGGAAGGGUUGUCUGGUAUAGGGGUUACUUAUGGGGGGACGCUAAUUUACUUGUGAUAAAAUAUCUAAAAUAUCUAAAGCUGGUUGUAUACACACUUGAUUCUGAGAGAGACGAAAUAAACACAGGC